AUGAAACACUUAGUUGAUCCAAAAUCGUUACUAUUACUGUCAUUGUGUAUUCGCUUCAUAAGUUGUUUAAUUUUGAAACCAAAUGAGAAGCAAAUAGCCAUUUUGCAAAAAACUGUCAAAGAAUUAUUGGCUUUCGAGCAGUUACCAGGUGAUGUGGUACGGUCCAAAUUACGUACUGAAAACGCUGCUUCAAAAUAUAUGCUACGUUUAUUCAACAGAUACAAAGAAAACAACGAUACACAGCAUUACCCGCUUGGGAACAUUGUUAGAAGUAUCAAUCCCAUAACUGGGACACUGUUUGAUGAAGAGCUGUUGAUAUUUAAGCUGAAUACAAUUAAGAUAAGUGAACAGGUAUUUCAAGCUGAAUUACGUUAUAAGAUUCAAAACAAGCGUCGUUUCAUUUGGAAAGAAAUAAGAGAAACCAUAAAAGCACUUGGAAUUUUACAAAAUAAUGCAAAAGCGAAAAUCGUACGACUAGCGCCCACAGCAAUUUUUCCUUAUUGGCUUAGUUUCAAUAUGACUAAAUUGGUUAACGAAGCAUUACAAACAAAUCAAACUAUCGUUGCUGUAAAGUUCUUGAGAAACGGAAAAAAGAUUAAAUAUGCGGAAUUGAUUAAGCGGAAUACACCCUUCUUGCUUGUACAUGCCGAUGAGCCGAUGCUUACUGAUGGCACAAAAUUUCAAUCCGCAUUUAAUGCUAAAGCAAUUCCUGAUUUACAUAUUGAUGCUACAAAGAGUAAAAAGCGCUCCAAAAGGAUGUCCCAGUACUACGUAUAUUCGGCGAAAGAAAAGCAGAAUGGUAAUGAUGACAAUUUAGAAGAACGAACCGAACAAUAUCUUAAAAAAUUUCGGAAUUUAGGACCACGAAUACUUCGGGACCGGAAACAAAUUCGCGCAUUACAAAAGAACAAGGAACAAAAAAUACGCAGUACUUUUAGAGGUGAUCCAAUGAUGGGAUUUGGUAUGGUGAAGAAAUUAUCAAAAGUUGCGACAGUUCGACCUUUACCCUCUAUAGAACAGAAAGAUGGUGAUGAUCUGACGGUAGUAUUACUUCCACGAAAAGCUUAUUCGUCCCAGAGCUGCAGAGCAGAAAAAUUGAAUGUACGCUUUCGAGAUAUAGGAUGGGAGCAUUGGAUUAUUGCGCCAACAUCAUUUGAAGCACACUACUGUAGUGGUGUAUGUCCUUUUCCGCUUAAAAAGGAAGUAAAUCCAUCAAAUCAUGCAAUUGUUCAAUCAAUAAUUCAUCGUCUUGGCCUGAAUCCGUACGUUCCCGAUGUAUGCUGUGCACCGGAUAAAAUGGAUUCAUUGACAUUACUUUAUUAUGAUGAAAUGGAUAACAUUGUACUGAAAAAUUAUCCACGAAUGACUGUUACUUCUUGCGCUUGUCUGUAA